AAGCGAUUGGGUUCAAUUAUGACCAAACCGGAAGUCGCCAUCGUCACUCUUCUGACGCUGCCAGGAAAGCGUCCUGGUAUUUCGGGUUCUCGAGCUCAACCAGCACCGGUCUUGCCGCCCCCUGACUAUUGUCCGUUCUUCCGGCCCAUCUACCCAGUCUAA